GAUGAUGUCAAACGUGAUGCUGAUGCUACAGUUACAGACACGGCCCCUGCUGGCGCAGCCUCUCUGAUUCUCUCUUCCUCUCCACAUCCAGCGCUGGGCUUUUUCAGACAAGUGCAUCUCCUAACCAGGUCACAUUUCAGCCGCGACCCACUGUCUGUCACCGGAGUCAGACCGCAGGAGGAGGGCUGAGGAAGAGGACGACGACGUUUGCUUGGCCAACUGCGGGGUGGGAGGAAGGACAUUAAAAUACUGCAGAAGUCAAGACCCCCCACCCCCCGACUCCCAGGUCCAACCCAGACCACGAUGGGCGCUCCAGGCUGCGGGCGGCUGGCGCUGCCGCUGCUGCUCCUCACCGCUGCCGCCCUGGCCGAAGGAGACACCAAAGGGCUCAAGGAGGGCGAGACCCCCGGCAAUUUCAUGGAGGACGAGCAAUGGCUGUCGUCCAUCUCGCAGUACAGCGGCAAGAUCAAGCACUGGAACCGCUUCCGAGACGAGGUAGAGGACGACUACAUCAAGAGCUGGGAGGACAAUCAGCAAGGAGAUGAAGCUCUGGAUACCACCAAGGACCCCUGCCAGAAGGUGAAGUGCAGCCGUCACAAGGUGUGCAUUGCUCAGGGCUACCAGCGGGCCAUGUGCAUCAGCCGCAAGAAGCUGGAGCACAGGAUCAAGCAGCCCGCCUUGAAACUCCAUGGAAACAAAGACACUGCCUGUAAGCCCUGUCACAUGGCCCAGCUCGCCUCCGUCUGUGGCUCUGAUGGCCACACUUACAGCUCAGUGUGUAAGCUGGAGCAGCAGGCGUGCCUGAGCAGCAAGCAGCUGACGGUGAGAUGCGAGGGCCCCUGCCCCUGCCCCACAGAGCAGGCCGCCACCUCCACCGCCGAUAGCAAACCAGAGACCUGCACAGGUCAGGACCUGGCUGACUUGGGGGAUCGGCUGCGAGACUGGUUCCAGCUCCUUCAUGAGAACUCCAAGCAGAAUGGCUCAGUCAGCAGCGGGGCCAACCUGGCCAGUGGGCUGGACAAGAGCCUGGGGGCCAGCUGCAAGGACUCCAUCGGCUGGAUGUUCUCCAAGCUGGACACCAGUGCAGACCUCUUCCUGGACCAGAUGGAGCUGGCUGCCAUCAACCUGGACAAGUACGAGGUCUGCAUCCGCCCCUUCUUCAACUCCUGUGACACCUACAAGGAUGGCCGAGUCUCCACCGCUGAAUGGUGCUUCUGCUUCUGGAGGGAGAAGCCCCCCUGCCUGGCGGAGCUGGAGCGCAUCCAGAUCCAGGAGGCAGCCAAGAAGAAGCCAGGAGUAUUCAUCCCGAGCUGUGACGAGGACGGCUACUACCGGAAGAUGCAGUGUGACCAGAGCAGCGGCGACUGCUGGUGUGUGGACCAGCUGGGCCUGGAGCUGACCGGCACCCGCACGCACGGGAGCCCUGACUGCGAUGACAUCGUGGGCUUCUCAGGGGACUUUGGGAGUGGUGUCGGCUGGGAGGACGAGGAGGAGAAGGAGACGGAGGAAGCAGGCGAGGAGGCGGAGGAGGAGGAGGGCGAGGCGGGCGAGGCGGAUGACGGAGGCUACAUCUGGUAGAUGGCCCGUGGGGAGCCGGGGAAGGCCAGGGUGCCGGCGCUGGGGGGACGGGCCAGCAGAGACCUGGACAGAAGCAGGCAGCUUGUGAAUGCAUCUGGAAAAUACAGUCGGAAGGACCCUGGCUCCAACGGGGAGGACCAGACGUGUGGGUGUGACAUGUAAGGCUUGGAUGUCUGAGUGUGUAUGAACGUGUGUAUGAGCAUGUAUGUGUGUGUGGGGGGGGGCAUGCGCUGACAAAUGUGCCCUUGGCCCACACUGCUCCUGGCAGAGUGAGUCACCCAAGGCCUCUUAGGCAUCCUUGCAGUUGUUUUCUUUCCAUGUAUUGAUUUUAAAAUACACACAUUCACAUGCACACACCACAAGGUCAAAAUUGAUUAAAUGAGAUGCCCCCUUGCCAGUCCCCAGUCCCUUCCAGGCUGGCCCGGACACCCUGGGGUGCCUUGCCCUGAAUUGCUACCCUUGCCUCAACCAGCUCUGCCUCCUCUUGCACCUGCCCUUCUCCCUGCCCCUCCUGGAGUCAUGCCCCGGCCUGUGGGUUAAGUCCCUAUUGCAGAGGGGAGUUGGGGAGGGCAGGGAGUUGUCUGGUGGCUGCUUUAACUGUGACCACCCCCCACCAUGCUCAGCGGAUGGGCCGGGACCCCCGCUGCAGCGAGCCCUUUCCCUUUAUUGGACUCUCUCCUCUUAAUUCAGGCCUCUGCGACCAAAGGUGGCUGGGAAGGAGCUGUGGGUGGACACUGAGGGGCAGGGGGUCGGGAUGGCUUCACCAAGCUGCCAGGGACUGGGGGCGGUCAGGAGAGUCUGCUUUUGCAGAACCAGGUAUAGCCCUUAGGAUGCCAGGCCCUGAAACAGCUUGGGCCCCUUUCUGUGGCUCCCAGGUUGGGGCAUGAUCUGGGCUGUUCUGUGGAGGCAAUGAGAGGUGGUUGUGCAGGUAAGCUCCCCCGGCCCAAGUGAGGGGGUGCCCACAGCUGCCCCUGUCCCUCCUGCUGGGGUUCCCUAGUUUAUUCCAGGAGCCCACGGAUCAGGCAGCAGGUGAGGGGCCUGGGGCGUGGCCAGUGCUGCGUGUGUGCACCCACCUCCUCCCUGAUCCCUUAAUAAAUGCUCACCUCCCUUCCAGACCAACAGAAAGUGUUGUUUCUGAGACCCCGGGAAGGAGGAGCAGUGGGAAGCUGCAGGCUGCUGCCCCUAGAGUCUGUGAUGUUUCCCCAUCUCUCCUCUUCCUCAAGAGAGAGGCACCCGUGGGCCAUGCCAGCCCCACUCCUCUCAGUGCCUGGGCUUUCUCUCUGUCCCUUCAGAGGGCCCCCUUCUAGGGCUGCUCUAGUGGAGGGGCUUUCAAGCCCUGAGAUGUUCAGGGUUGCACAAAGUCAAUGGGGACAGGCCUGGGCAACCAGUAUCUGAGGCUACAUCUCACUGCUCCCCCCAGUCUCCUUACCAAGCAGGAGCCAGAGUGGAUGAGAAGGUGCCCCAUGGUUUUUGGUUUUUCUUUUUCUUACCCUGUCCAGUUAUCCCUGUUGUAGCAAAUUUCUUAACACCUUUGGUGAAGAAUUUCUUACCUGGCCUUGGGCCUCUGAUGCCCUUCGGUGUGUGGUGCGCGCAGUGUACGUGUGUAUGUGUGUGUGUGUGAGCGUGUGCGCAUGUGUGUGUGUGUGUGUGUGUAUGAGCCUAGGGACCAUCCCUGGGGGCCUGGCCUGUGAGGAGGAGCACCCUGUCUGCUGGGUGGCAACAGGUGCGGCGUCCACGUGGUGAGGCUCCCCGGGCAAGCCUCCCAGUCUGGCUCCCUGGCUUCGGCAGCAUCCUCAGCAUCUGUGGGACUCUGUGGAAGAGCCUCACCCGUCCGCCCCUUUGCUCCACCCUGGAGUCAACAUCUUCCGAGCCCUCCCUUGGGGGAAAUAACGCAGCUCCAGUUCGCCCCAAGGACUGCUUCUCAUUCCGCAGCACAGUUCUGAUUGUUAAGGUGUCGCGCUGUUCCAGAUCCCCUUUGGCCCGCCUCCCCCCUUCCCUUCCCUGUCCUCCCACCCCCUCCCUCUGGUCCCCGGCUCCGUUCAGGGAAAUGCCCGUCCAAGUCAGCCCUCUGCUCUCUGAGCAGCCGCCCCUCUCAGAGCUACUUGAAACUUAACUGCUCUCGCUAGGAUUGGAGUCUGUCUGUCUCUUCCCUCUGCCCCAGCUCAGAGACCUGGAACCAUCCCCUGGGGGUGGCUCUUGAGGAUGCUGGGGUGUUGGGGGGGGGGGAGAGGGAGGGGCAUCCCUCUCCUCUCACUGGCGCCCUCCUCCCCUGGGGUCAUGUGCCCUCCCUGCGUCUCUGGGUCUUUUGGUUGUGCACGUUUUUAUAACCUUGUAAGUAUGUUGUAGAAAGAAAGCAAAAGGCGCUGAACUAAGACCCUGGUGGGACUCGGGGGUCCAGCCUUGCCCUGUCUCUGAAGCCCCAACACUGCUUUUUACUCCACUUUCUGGGGCCCAGGCCCCCAAAGCUAGACCAAGCAGCUUGUGCCCAGUGGGCCGAAGGCCUCCAAGUGACUUCUUGUCAGACAAGCUGUGGGUUUCCUCAUGAGCAAGGGUGCAGGGCGGUCCUUCCUCAGCUACUUGGAUGUGUGCCCUUGACCAAGCUGCCUGCCCCCCCCCCAGCCUCUCCCCUGUCCCUCUGCUCAGUGUCCUCUGUCUCUGUCCUGUGCCCACUCCCCUGGCUUAGGCAGGCAGCCGAAUUCAAGCUAUGUUGAAAAGAGCUCAACCAAAAUUUUCAGAGAGGCUUCUUGCCUGGCCCCAGAGCUAUCAUUGCACCCCAGGCCUGCUUACCCACGGGCACUGGGAGAGACGGCAGGUCUAAGGUGGGGUAGGUUGGAGUUGGAGCGAACAAAUGUGCCUUGAGAGGCCACUCAGAGAGGGUUCAAGGGUGAAGGGGAGGGAGGUGUGGGAGCUCAGGAAGGAGGAGGAGGGAGGCGAAGCUGAUGGGGGCCUUAGAGGGUGUGACUGUUGCCUCCUGUCCCCCUGGGGCUGUGGCCACAUGCGGCCGGUGGUCACACUUCUGUCCUCAGGCCAGCCUGUCUGGGUUUUAGUGGGCAGGCCACCCACUUGGCUUCUCCUGAGCUCCAUCUUCUUUCAGCUUCACCUCUGAGUGGGUGAGGGUCCAUUGGGAUCAACAUGGGAACCCUCCAUUUCACCAAAGCCUCACCCUCAGCCCUUGGGGAGAAUGAAUGGCUAAUCCACGGACCCCUGGCAUCAUCGUGAGGCUGUGGGCUGGCAGGGGUCAAAGGGAAGAGACACCGGGGGUGCAAAAGGAGACUCGAGACAUCCGACGAAGUCCCAAGCAGAGCAUAUUGCUUUAUAGCCUGAAGCCUACUUAAACUGUGUUAUGUGCAAUAACGGAGCUUAGAGUUAAGAAUUGUGUUCAAGUGCUUGGAUUUCCGUCUGUAUAUUUAAGUGCUGAAAUCGUAUCUCUCAGUAAUUUUAGAUGUCUUUAAAAAAACAAAAAUCGAAAAACCAAG